AAAUAAUGGAGAGGAAGCAGCUCUAGCCUGCCCCAGCCUGCCCCUUACAAGUUAGAAAAAUCGUUUAAAAUCGAAGAAGUUUCAUAUUUCCUCCCCGGUUCAAAUCGUAGCUGGGAUGCUGUGUCAGAAUGGGAAAUCUGUUUGGAAAAAAGAAACAGACCCGAGUGACAGAACAAGACAAAGCGAUUUUGCAACUGAAACAGCAAAGAGAUAAGCUGAGGCAGUAUCAGAAGAAGAUCAACGUGCAGCUGGAGAAGGAGAGACUUUUAGCCAAGCAGCUGCUGAAAGAUGGCAAAAAAGAGAAGGCGCUCCUCCUGCUGAAGAAGAAGCGCUACCAGGAUCAGCUUCUCGACAAGACGGAGAACCAGAUCGGCAACCUGGAGCGUAUGGUUCAAGACCUGGAGUUCGCCCAGAUUGAGAGGAAGGUCAUCGACGGGUUGAAAGUUGGAAACGAGUGUCUGAAAAAAAUGCACGAGGUCAUGUCUAUCGAAGAAGUAGAACGAAUUAUGGACGAAACCCAAGAUGCCAUCGAGUACCAGAGGCAAAUCGACGAGAUGCUGGCCGGCUCUUUGUCACAGGAGGACGAGGACGCUGUCCUGGCUGAGCUGGAGGCCAUAACUCAGGGAGACGUCGAGCUUCCAGAGGUUCCCUCAGACCAGCUGCCAGAAGUCCCCGAGGCCUCGGAGGAGAAACGGGAGAGGGAACGUCCCAGGAAGAAGCCCGAGCGAGAGCUGCUUGCUGCGUAGGAAGGCGACGGAGCUGCUGGAGCUUCUCCAGUCCCACAUGUAAACCGACACCCACAUGAACAUUUGCCGGAGACCAGUCCUCCAGAGGCCUGCCUCAGACCUCAGACCAGGUCCUCUCAGAUCCUGAGCUUCUCCAUCUCACCCAGCCGCCGUUUGUCCUCCGCCGCGGGCCGACACCUGAAGGCAGCUGGGACGGGUUCACUGCAGCGGCGUCCAUCCACAGGAGAACCAUGACCAGAAUUGUGCCUAAGCUUUGUGUUGUGUCUCUGUGUCCACCACUAAAUCAUUUUACACUGACUUACCUGAAA